AUGGUGGCAAGGAGAAAACAUGGUGACAGUAAAGAAGUAUUUUUAUUUGGAAUUAUGUUGAAAGAAGCCGUCGCUGCUUUGCAUAGAAUCUUCUUAGAUGAUAAAACGAAAAUCAGCGAAACUUUAUCGGACAUCAAGAAUACCAGUGUUGAUUAUUUUCCUGCAGCUGGUGUGUUAGGAACACAUAAGAAAGCGGCAGUGUUUGAAAUGAUACAGGAAGGAGUUCAAUUCCCUAGUGGCUAUUUCUAUGGAACAGAAAUGGAUAUGUUGGAGUUUGACAAUGUCGGUCGUAAUAUAAAUAUGAAUGACAGUAAGGCAUACAUGAUGAUAGUGAUGUUGUUCUUUGCUAGAAGUCUUGUGGCAACGCUUCUUGUACGACCUAUGGAUUACGGUUACUCACGGCAACCACUUGGUGAAGUUACCCUUAGGAAUCUGAAAGUUGUUGCUUCAUUGCUACUGUACAUUGCAAGGAAAACCAGUGUACCACAGGGGUCUCCAAUUAUGCAUAUGCCUCUUGAGUUAAAGGACUCGGUGUACAGUGACGAUGAUAUGAGCUACUUAUUUGACAAAUUGAAGAAAUCUAUAGACUAUGCUGAGGGUUUGAUUCGUGAAUGGGGAGACGAAUACGUCAAAAGACUGAAUGCUGCCAAAUUUGCUGAUUAAAUCCUAGCAAACCGGGAGGAAUAUAUCUUCAGAAAACUUAGGAAUGUGACCAAAGUUUAAUGCUCAUGAUUGUCAUGUGGAUAUCAUGUGAUUGUCAUGUGGACAUCAUGUGAUUAUCAUGUAGACAUCAUGUGAUUAUCAUGCGGGAACCAUGUGAUUGUCAUGUUGACUUGCACAAGCUGCAAGAUUGGGAGAAAUGGACUCCAUAUAGCAAUGCCUUCUGCUAUUCAUAUGAGACAAUUGAAAUAUUCAAAGAAAGACAGAAGACAGAAACCAUGGACAUCUUAUGAUAUUAUAUGCAAGCUUCUGUUUUGAAAUAUAAGUGAAACUUAAGAGAAAUGGACUCUAUGUAUAGCAAUGCCUUCUGCUAUCAAAGAAACAUAUUCAUGAUUUUUUUUGUACAAAUGAUCUUGACUGAAGACCCUGGAAAUAUCAGAAUUAAUCAUAUUGAAUACACAUCAGAAUAGUUCACAUUCAUUUUAUGUUUCCACCAUAAACCAAAGCACACAGA